AUGGUUAUGAAACCUGAAGUUGAACAAGAACUGGCUCACGUUCUUUUGACAGAGCUUUUAGCCUAUCAAUUUGCCUCCCCUGUUAGAUGGAUUGAAACUCAAGAUGUUUUCUUGAAAGAUUUCAACACCGAAAGGGUUGUAGAAAUUGGUCCAUCACCAACUUUGUCUGGGAUGGCUCAGAGAACUAUGAAGAGCAAGUACGAAUCAUAUGAUGCAGCUCUGUCUUUGCAGAGACAAGUUUUGUGUUACGCCAAGGAUGCAAAAGAUAUCAGCUAUACCCCAGAUGCUGAUGAAUUGGCCGCAAAAGAAAAGGCUUCCAAACCUGCAGAAACCUCAGGCGCUGCUGCUGACUCUGCUGCUGCUGCCGCUCCUUCGGCUCUUCCUGCUGCUGCGGCUGCUCCGGCCGCUCCAGUUGCUGCUCCUUCAGGUCCAGUUUCUGAAAUUCCUGAUGAACCAGUUAAGGCAUCGCUGUUGCUGCACGUUUUAGUUGCACACAAACUAAAGAAACCGAUGGAUUCUGUUCCGAUGUCGAAGACUAUAAAGGACUUAGUUGGCGGAAAAUCAACAGUUCAAAAUGAAAUCUUGGGUGACCUAGGUAAAGAAUUUGGAACAACACCUGAGAAACCAGAAGAAACGCCAUUGGAGGAAUUAGGAGAAUCAUUCCAGGAAACUUUCUCCGGUUCCCUUGGUAAGCAGUCAGGUUCUUUGAUUUCAAGAUUAAUGUCUUCAAAGAUGCCUGGUGGGUUCACCAUUACCAUUGCAAGAAAGUAUUUGCAAUCACGUUGGGGGUUGGGUAGCGGUAGACAAGAUUCUGUUUUGUUAAUCGCUUUAACCAAUGAACCAGCUUCUCGUUUAGGUUCUGAGGCUGACGCGAAGGCAUUUUUGGACUCUAUGACUCAGAAAUACGCUUCUACUUCCGGAAUCGAUUUAUCUGCUGCUUCAUCCGGUGCCGCUGCCGGCGCUGCUGGCGGGGCUGCUGGCGGGGCUGCUGGCGGGGCUACAAUUGAUGCAGCAGCUUUCGAUGAAUUGACAAAAGAUCAAAAGGUCUUGGCUCGUCAACAAUUGCAAGUUCUAGCUCGUUAUUUGAAAAUGGAUCUAAAUGGUGGUGAAAGAAAAUUACUGAAGGAAAAAGAAAACGUUGCAGAGUUGCAAUCUCAAUUAGAUUUCUUAACGGCUGAGUUAGGUGAAUUUUUCAUCAGUGGUGUCGCAACAUCCUUUUCUAGAAAGAAGGCGAGAGUUUUCGAUUCGUCUUGGAACUGGGCAAAACAGUCACUAUUAUCAUUGUACUUUGAAAUUAUUCAUGGUGUUUUAAAAAAUGUCGAUAGAGAAGUCGUUAGUGAAGCUAUCAAUAUCAUGAACAGAUCAAAUGAGACUUUGAUUAAAUUUAUGGAGUACCACGUUUCUCAUACAGAUGAAAUGAAGGGUGAAAACUAUAAAUUGGCUAAGAGUUUAGGUGAACAGUUGAUCGAAAAUUGUAAACAAGUCAUUGAUAUGGAUCCUGUUUAUAAGGACAUCACAAAACCAACGGGUCCAAAAACCGUUAUAGAUAAAAAUGGUAAUAUUAAAUAUUCUGAAGAACCAAAGGAAAAGGUUAGAAAACUCUCUGAGUAUGUUCAUGAGAUGGCAAUCGGUGGUUCGCUAUCUAGACAGUCCAAGUCUACUAUUGAAGAAGAUCUAACUCGUGUUUAUAAAGCUAUUAGCGCCCAGGCUGCUCAACAUGAUCUUUCUGGGUCAACUGCAUCCGAAUUUGAAAAGAUUUACGGUGAUUUAAUGAAAUUUUUACAAAAUUCAAAAGACAUCGACGCGUCUCAAACUACGCAACUUGCUGGUGUCGUUGAUGCUCUUGACAAGGACUCUACCAAAGAAGUUGCUUCUCUGCCAAACAAAUCUCAAAUUUCCAAGACUGUUUCUUCCAUCAUUCCAAGAGAGACGAUUCCUUUCCUACAUUUGAAGAAGAAAACAGCUGCAGGCGAUUGGGCGUAUGAUCGCCAAUUAUCUUCAUUGUUUUUGGAUGGCUUAGAGAAGGCUGCUAUAAAUGGUGUUACUUUCAAAGAUAAGUAUGUCUUGAUUACGGGUGCUGGUAAGGGCUCUAUCGGUGCUGAGAUUUUGCAAGGUUUAGUUCAAGGUGGUGCUAAGGUUAUCAUCACCACAUCCCGUUUCUCUAAACCUGUUACUGAUUACUACCAAUCAAUUUACGCUAAGUACGGUGCUAAAGGCUCAACAUUAGUUGUCGUUCCAUUUAAUCAAGGUUCUAAACAAGAUGUUGAAGCUUUAAUAGACUACAUCUACGACGACGAGAAGACUGGUGGUUUGGGUUGGGAUCUAGAUGCCAUUAUUCCGUUUGCUGCUAUUCCAGAAAAUGGUAUCGAAUUGGAUAAUAUUGACUCAAAAUCAGAAUUUGCUCAUAGAAUUAUGUUGACAAACAUUAUGAGAAUAAUGGGUAAUGUCAAGAAGCAAAAGUCUUCUAGAGGAAUUGAAACAAGACCUGCUCAAGUCAUUUUGCCAAUGUCUCCUAACCAUGGUACAUUCGGUGGUGAUGGUUUGUACUCUGAAUCUAAGUUGUCCUUGGAAACCUUAUUUAACAGGUGGCACUCAGAAUCAUGGGGUAACCAAUUAACCAUUUGUGGUGCUAUCAUCGGAUGGACGAGAGGUACAGGCUUAAUGAGCGCUAACAACAUCAUUGCUGAGGGUAUCGAAAAAGCAGGCGUGCGUACAUUCUCUCAAAAGGAAAUGGCAUUUAAUUUGCUAGGGUUGCUAAUUCCUGAAGUCGUUCAACUAUGUCAAAAUUCACCUGUUAUGGCUGAUUUGAAUGGUAGCUUGCAAUACUUGACCGAUUUGAAAGAAUUUACCAGGAAAUUGCGUAGUGAACUAACCGAAACAUCUGAGAUUCGUAAGGCAGUCUCCAUCGAAACUGCUCUGGAACAUAAAGUUGUUAGUGGUGACAACGCUGAUGCUGCAUACACUCAGGUCGAAGUUCAACCAAAGGCAAAUAUCAAUCUGGAAUUCCCAACAUUGAAGUCUUAUAAAGAUGUCAAGAAGUUUGCUUCCUCAGAGCUAGAAGGUCUGCUAGAUUUGGAAAGAGUUAUUGUCGUUACUGGUUUCUCUGAAGUUGGUCCAUGGGGUUCUUCAAGAACUAGAUGGGAAAUGGAAGCCUUUGGUGAGUUCUCUUUGGAAGGUUGUGUUGAAAUGGCCUGGAUUAUGGGCUUAAUAAAAUAUCAUAAUGGUAACUUGAAGGGGCGUCCUUACACUGGUUGGGUUGAUGCCAACAGCAACGACCCAAUUGAUGAUAAAGAUGUCAAGACGAAAUAUGAAAGCAAAAUUAUGGAACAUGCCGGUAUUAGAUUAAUUGAACCAGAAUUAUUCAAUGGAUACAAUCCAGAAAGAAAGCAAAUGAUUCAAGAAGUGGUUGUUGAAGAAGAUCUUGAGCCAUUUGAGGCCUCUAAGGAAACUGCUGAACAAUUCAAGCAUGAGCAUGGUGAGAAGGUUGAUAUAUUUGAAAUUCCUGAAACAGGUGAAUUUUCUGUUAAACUGUUGAAGGGUGCUACUUUGUACAUUCCUAAGGCCUUGAGAUUUGACCGUCUAGUUGCUGGUCAAAUUCCUACCGGUUGGGAUGCUAGAACUUAUGGUAUCUCUGACGAUAUUAUCUCUCAAGUUGACCCAAUUACUUUAUAUGCUUUGGUCUCCGUUGUUGAAGCAUUUAUUGCAGCUGGUAUUGUUGAUCCAUAUGAAAUGUACGAAUACGUACAUGUUUCCGAAGUGGGUAACUGUUCUGGUUCCGGUAUGGGAGGUGUGAGUGCUCUUCGUGGUAUGUUCAAGGAUCGUUACAAGGAUCAACCUGUCCAAAACGACAUUUUACAGGAGUCUUUCAUCAACACAAUGUCUGCAUGGGUUAAUAUGUUGUUGAUAUCUUCAUCCGGUCCAAUCAAGACACCAGUUGGUGCGUGUGCUACUGCCGUUGAGUCUGUUGACGUAGGUAUGGAAACAAUCCUAUCGGGAAAAGCUAAAAUUUGUAUUGUAGGUGGUUAUGAUGACUUCCAAGAAGAAGGUUCCUAUGAAUUUGGUAACAUGAAUGCCACAUCCAACACUUUGGAAGAAUUUGAACAUGGUCGUACCCCUGCAGAAAUGUCAAGACCGGCCACAACAUCACGUAGCGGUUUCAUGGAAGCACAAGGUGCAGGUAUUCAAAUUAUUAUGAGUGCAGACUUGGCCUUGAAGAUGGGAGUUCCAAUCUAUGGUAUCGUUGGUAUGACUGCUACUGCUACCGAUAAGAUUGGUAGAUCUGUUCCUGCUCCAGGUAAAGGUAUUUUGACCACCGCCAGGGAACAUCAUGGUGAUUUGAAAUUUCCAACUCCAUUGUUGGAUAUCAAAUACAGAAAGCGUCAAUUAUUGAAUCGUGAGAAGCAAAUAAAACAAUGGGUUGAAAAUGAAUUGGAUAUGUUGAGUUACGAAGCUGAAAGUAUUUCACCUGAAGAUCAUGAUAUUUUUUUCUCCGAACGUACUGAGGAGAUUAAGCGCGAAGCAUCUAGACAAAUCAAAUCUGCUCAAAGUCAAUGGGGUAAUGAAUUUUAUAAGAAUGAUCCACGUAUCGCUCCUUUGAGAGGAGCUUUGGCAACCUUUGGUUUGACCAUUGACGAUUUGGGUGUUGCCUCUUUCCACGGUACAUCAACCAAGGCCAAUGAUAAAAACGAAUCGGCUACCAUUAAUGACAUGAUGAAACAUCUGGGAAGAUCCGAAGGUAACCCAGUAAUUGGUGUCUUCCAGAAGUACCUAACAGGUCAUCCUAAAGGUGCUGCAGGUGCUUGGAUGUUGAAUGGUGCUAUUCAAAUCUUAAACUCGGGUAUCGUUCCAGGUAACCGGAAUGCUGAUAAUGUUGAUAAGCUUCUAGAGCAGUUCGAGUACGUCUUAUAUCCAUCCAAGACUUUGAAAACCAAUGGUGUUAAGGCUGUAUCUAUUACUUCCUUUGGUUUCGGACAAAAAGGUGCGCAAGCCAUUGUUAUUCAUCCAGACUACUUAUAUGCUGCUGUUGAUGAAAAGACUUAUCAAAAGUAUGCUGCUAAGGUCACUGUAAGAGAAAAGAAUGCUCACAAGUUCUUCCAUAAUGGUAUGAUUUACAAUAAAUUGUUCAUCAGUAAAGAACACGCACCAUAUACCGAUGAAUUGGAACAGCCAGUUUACUUAGAUCCACUGGCUCGUGUUUCUACCGAUAAAAAAACAGGUGGUUUGACCUAUAAUGCUAAGAGCAUCCAAGACAAAUCCAAAUUUGUAUCUGAAAAUAAUAAGAAAACAGCUGCCAUUGUUGGUGAUCUCGCAAAGCAUGUUGCUGGUGGUACAGAGGGUAAUGGUGUUGGUGUUGACGUUGAGUUGAUUUCGAGCGUCAAUAUUGACAACGAGACCUUCAUUGAACGUAACUUCACCCCUGAAGAAAUUGCCUACUGCAAAUCGCAGCCUUGUGCGCAAAGUUCUUUUGCUGGAACUUGGUCUGCAAAAGAAGCUGUUUUUAAGUCUCUCGGGGUCAAGUCCCAAGGUGGUGGAGCUUCUUUGAAAGAAAUCGAAAUCACUCGUGUUAGUGAGAGAGGACCUGAAGUUAAAUUAACAGGUAGUGCUAAGAAAAUCGCUGCUCAAGCUGGCAUUUCUAACGUUAAAGUUUCUAUUUCGCAUGAUGACUUUCAGUCUGUUGCUGUUGCCAUUUCCUCCAAGAAAUGA